AUGACAACUCUGGCUGGAGCUGUCCCCAGGAUGAUGCGACCCGGGGCCGGACAGAACUACCCCCGCAGCGGGUUCCCGCUGGAAGUCUCUACUCCUCUAGGCCAGGGCAGAGUCAAUCAGCUCGGAGGAGUGUUUAUCAAUGGCAGGCCUUUACCCAACCAUAUCCGACACAAGAUAGUGGAGAUGGCCCACCAUGGCAUAAGGCCCUGUGUCAUCUCUCGCCAGCUGCGAGUGUCCCACGGCUGCGUCUCCAAAAUUCUCUGCAGGUACCAGGAGACGGGCUCCAUCCGGCCGGGGGCCAUCGGCGGCAGCAAGCCCAAGCAGGUGACGACGCCGGAUGUUGAGAAGAAAAUCGAGGAAUAUAAGCGGGAAAACGCGGGCAUGUUCAGCUGGGAGAUUCGGGACAAGCUGCUGAAGGACGGGGUGUGUGACCGCAACACGGUGCCGUCAGUGAGCUCCAUCAGCCGCAUCCUGCGGAGCAAGUUUGGGAAAGGCGAGGAAGAAGAGGCUGAGCUGGAGAGGAAGGAGGUGGAGGAAGGCGACAAGAAGGCCAAGCACAGCAUUGACGGCAUCCUCAGCGAAAGAGCCCCAGUGUCACCCCAGUCUGAUGAAGGCUCUGACAUUGAUUCGGAACCAGAUUUACCGUUAAAAAGAAAGCAGCGUCGUAGCAGGACAACCUUCACAGCAGAGCAACUGGAAGAGCUGGAAAGAGCUUUCGAGAGGACACACUACCCUGAUAUUUAUACUAGGGAAGAACUUGCGCAAAGAGCCAAACUCACAGAGGCUCGUGUCCAGGUCUGGUUUAGUAACCGUCGCGCUAGAUGGAGGAAACAGGCAGGAGCCAAUCAACUGAUGGCUUUCAACCAUCUGAUCCCAGGAGGAUUUCCACCCAGUGCCAUGCCAACUCUGCCGACGUACCAGCUCUCUGAGCCCUCCUAUCAACCCACCUCCAUACCGCAAGCUGUGUCUGAUCCAAGCAGUACCGUCCAUAGACCUCAGCCUCUCCCUCCAAGCACUGUACACCAAAGCAGCCUCCCUUCGAAUCCAGAGAGCAGCUCUGCCUAUUGCCUACCCAGCACCAGGCAUGGAUUUUCCAGCUAUACAGACAGCUUUGUGCCUCCGUCCGGGCCCUCAAAUCCCAUGAACCCUGCCAUUGGCAAUGGCCUUUCACCUCAGGUAAUGGGACUCCUGACUAACCACGGUGGUGUGCCUCACCAGCCCCAAACUGAUUAUGCCCUGUCCCCUUUAACCGGGGGCCUGGAGCCCACCACCACUGUGUCAGCCAGCUGCAGCCAGCGCCUAGAUCACAUGAAGAGUUUAGACAGCCUGCCUACAUCCCAGUCCUACUGCCCGCCCACCUACAGCACCACGGGUUACAGCAUGGACCCCGUCACAGGCUACCAGUACGGCCAAUACGGACAAAGUGCCUUUCAUUAUCUGAAGCCAGAUAUUGCAUAA